AUGGGCUCCGAAAUGGACACUUUCGCGGCCCGCCUUGCCAGCUUUGACGCUGUGCUGAAGCCGGAGAAGCGCAGAGCUUCUGGCACCAAAACACCUAAAGUGAUUACCUGGCCGCACCAGCGGCCCUCCCCAGCUGAGUUGGCGCACGCUGGAUUCUACUACAAACCCUAUGAGACGAAUCCGGACAACACGACAUGUUUCCAGUGCCACCGGGCGCUGGACGGCUGGGAGGAAGACGAUAACCCUGUCACAGAGCAUCUCAAGCAUGCGCCAGACUGUGGAUGGGCCAUCAUGAUGGACCUCCAACAGAGGAGUUCCAACCCCGCCACAAUUGAAGACCCUACCGGCGACCGGAUAACACAAGCACGGCUCGCAACAUUUGGUUCCGCAUGGCCACACGAUGGGAAAAAAGGCUGGUUAUGCCAGUCAGAGAAGAUGGUUGAAAGCGGCUGGUAUUUCUGUCCGACAGACGAGAGCGACGACUUGGCGAGCUGUGUGUAUUGCAAACUGUCAUUAGACGGCUGGGAGCCCAAGGAUGACCCAUUUGACGAACAUUACCGCCGAUCAUCAGACUGUUCAUUCUUUGUCUUCGCACAACCCCCAGGAAAGAAAGGCAAAAGUUCUCGUGCCAAAAAGCCUCGAGUUUCUAGGGCCUCUUCUCGACUCUCGACCCAAUCGAUUGGUACAGUCACCUCUGAAGCGCCGGAGGUAGACAUGGAUGACUCGAUGGACCACAGCAUCAUGUCCGAGGCCACCACCAAAUCGAAAUCCACGAAGAAGGCACCCAAGAGUAAAUCAAAGGGACCCAAGAGCAAGAAGGAAGAACCAGCGGAGAUUGAAAGCCAGAUUGAAGCCGACAUUGAAGAGGUUGCCCAACCGGAGCCUAAGAAGUCCAAACGUACAGGCAGGGGAAAGAAGAGGCCCAGUGAGGACAUGAAGGAUGAACCAGAGUCAGUCGUCAUGGAGGGAAGAGGGGCAUCACAGCCGCCAGCAGACCCAGAACCACCGGCGAAGAGACGGGCCACUAGAGCGCGGAGUAGCAGCAUUACUCGCAAUUACAAUUACGAGACCAAUGACUCUGCAAUGGCGGAUGCAGCAACUGUGGAUGAAGCCGCUUUAGAUGUUGAAACCAAGAAAGGGCGCAAGGCCACGAAAAAGAGUGCGUCCAAGACCCGCAAGGUUUCUGAUGCGUCUGUUGCACCAAAAGCUCCGUCGAUUAUCCGGGCACCUCGCGACUCGGAAAUUGAUGCAGAGAUAGAGGCAGGCCUUGAAGCAGAUAUCCCGGAGCCCGAGGAUGUGCCGGAGCCAGCACCGACACGGCCAUCGAAGAAGGCUAAGUCAAGCAAAAAGCCCAAAGCGGCCGCUCAAUCUCCCGAGCCGACCGUAGGAAAUGAUCAGGCAGAGUAUGUUGAUGACAUCGGGUAUCGCCCGGUUUCCAAUGUGGAGCCCACUGACGAUGAACCGGAGGCACCUGAGCCGCCAGCCCCAAAAGUCAAGGCAUCCAAAGGAUCCAAGAAGAAAGGAGCAAAAAAGACCAGGGCUGAAGAGCCAAAAGCGCAGUCACCAGAGCCUCGAGAACGUUUGCAAUCCGAGCCUAUUGAUGCUCGGGAUGAUUCCAAGCGUCAUGACUCCUCUAUCUCCGUCGAGAUCAUCAACAAGGAGCCCGAAGAAGAAGACCAAGAAGUCCGCCAAAAGGCGGAGCAGGCUCCUGUCCCCGAACCUCCCCUCGAGGAGCAUCCGGAUGAACCGCCAGUAAACGAGCAGGAUGAUGAAUUUGAGACGGCGGAUGAUUUGCCUGAUCAGCUUGAGAUGGUCCAACCUCCUCAGGAGCCCUCAUCUUCCCCCCGAGAACGUUCUCCAGAGCCACAAUCGCAUCGGAAUACACCACCAAAGACCACCAAGCGAUACAGCGAUAUCCCACACGAAGAACAUUAUGCAGAGACCCUAGCCCAACGACAGGACUCCUCUCAUGGAGUAGAGCCCCGACGAAUUUCUCAACGGUCUAACCGGGCGGUCUCACCACUCCCACGGCCCCAUCAAAGCACUCCUUCGCCAUCACCCCAGUCAUCUGAUGCUGAAAACCGUCCUCCAUCAUCGCGGCCCUCAUCAUCACGUCCACCUAUCCAGUCCACACCAAAGCAUCCCGAGUUGCGAGCUCCUCUAGGGGUCAGCACUCCAUCCCCAUCCAAGCGCAAUGUCAAUGGUGGCUUCGGACCUUCCGGUCAUCCCUGGACACCAGUGGAUAUCGAUGCAGUGCUGUUUGGAGAGACCAGCGACAAGGAGAACGCAGAUCUGUCUGGGCUUUUCAGAGGUGUGAAAGGCGGAUUGACUAGCCCAGAGAAGAAGAUGACAGUUCAAGAAUGGAUCGUAUGGAACGCAAAGAAUGGCGAAGAACGACUGAAGAGAGAAUGUGAGAGACUCGUCGGCCAGUUCGAGAAGGAAGGUGGCCGGGCAAUGCGACGACUCGAAGCUAUCGAGUGUAUCGACUGA